UUAGACCACCACAAGAGCCCAAAACACAGUCCAUGAGACCCAUCACUGGUCCAAUAAUAAAACUGUUAUAAUUCCUUACCUCGUACUACUACAUAUUUUGUACUUAUUUUCAUUACCAUAACUAUAAAGACAGCCCCCACAGACCAGAUUAAACCCUUUCUGUCAUCUCUGCUUCAUUUCAUGUACAAUGAAACUAUAUAAAUGUGAUAUAUCAUCAUCUUCAAAUCGCUUCAAAUUAAUCUUGGUAUGUGUUCUUUUCAUGUACCUUCUAGUUAUUACAUUGGAAAUCCCCCAUCUUAGUAUAGGGUUUGUAGACAAUGUGUUUGUUGAUAGGUCAUUUCACCGAUCACCAAAAAGACACGUAAAGAGUGUCAAGAGAGUGUCUGGAUUGGUUCUUGAUGAAAAUGGAUUUGUGGGUAUUGAAAAAAAUCGAAACUUUAGUGAGCUUGUUGAGAUGGCCAGGGAGGCCAUUGUGGUGGGGAAGAAGAAAUGGGAAGAUAUUGUGGCAGGGAAAGUGAAAAUUAAGAAGAAGGGGAAUGGUACUGUGGAAUGUCCAAAGUCUUUGUUGUUAUCGGAACUCGAGUUUAGGAAAAAGGGUGGGAUGGUGCUUAUGCAAUGUGGGUUGGGAGUGGGAUCUUAUAUUAGUGUUGUGGGGAAGCCUAGGAAGGCACAUUUGGAGAAGAACCCGAAGAUCGGGGCGAAGAGAGGGGAGGAGAGUGCGAUGGUGUCACAGUUUGUUAUUGAGUUGCAGGGGUUGAAGGUUGUUGAUGGGGAGGAGCCCCCGAAGAUACUGCAUUAUAAUCCGAGGUUGAGGGGGGAUUGGAGUGGGGACCAGGUGAUUGAGCAGAACACGUGUUAUCGGAAGCAAUGGGGAGCUUCGUUGAGGUGCGUGGGAACAAAGUCUAAGGCGAGUGAAGAAACUGUUGAUGGACAGGUAAAAUGUGAAAAUUGGAUCCAAAGACAUGGCAAUCUAUCACAAAAAGCAAAUACUUCAUGGUGGCGAAAUAGGCUAAAGAAACUAAUAGAUAAGAUUUAUCGUAAACGGCCAUUUCCUUUUGUGGAAGACAAGAUCUUUGUUCUUACUUUAUAUGCUGGCAUGGAGGGUUUUCAUGUCAGUGUAGAUGGGAGACAUGUAUCUUCUUUUCCUUAUCGCCCUGGUUUUACUCUUGAGGAUGCCACGGGUCUAUCUAUAAAAGAGGAUGUCAGCGUGCAUUCCGUGUUUGCUACUUCAUUACCCACAAGUCAUCCAAGUUUUGCUCCACUGGGGCUCCUAGAGAUGGUCCCUAAAUGGAAGGCUCCACCUCUCUUUGAUUCACCUGUCGAAUUUUUUAUUGGGAUUAUUUCCGCGGGCAAUCAUUUUGCUGAGAGGAUGGCUGUGAGGAAGUCAUGGAUGCAGCAUAAAUCAAUCAAGUCAUCGAAUGUUGUUGCCCGGUUUUUUGUGGCCAUGCAUAAAAAGAAGGAUGUGAAUGCGGUACUUAUGAAAGAAGCACAUUAUUUUGGUGAUAUUGUUGUAGUACCUUACAUGGAUAACUAUGACCUUGUUGUUUUGAAGACUCUAGCAAUUUGUGAGUAUGGGGUCCGCACUGUAGCGGCAAAGUAUAUUAUGAAGUGUGAUGAUGAUACAUUUGUAAGAUUAGAUGCAGUUGUCAAGGAAGUUAAGAAAGCUCGGGAAGAUAAAAGCCUAUAUCUUGGGAACAUCAAUUAUAAUUUCAAGCCCUUCCGACGUGGUAAAUGGGCUGUGACAUAUGAGGAAUGGCCAGAACUAUCUUAUCCACCUUAUGCAAAUGGGCCUGGUUACAUUAUAUCAUCUGAUAUUGCUAGCUAUGUCUUAUCCAGAUUUGAAAAGCACAAGUUGCGAUUGUUCAAAAUGGAAGAUGUGAGCAUGGGGAUGUGGGUGAACAAAUUUAACAAGUCCAGACCUGUUGAGUACGUUCACAACUUGAAGUUUUGUCAGUUCGGAUGCAUUGAAGAUUAUUUCACUGCACAUUACCAAACACCACGACAGAUGGCAUGUCUCUGGGCGAAAUUGAAACAUCGAGGAAAGCCUCAGUGCUGCAACACUCGAUUAGACUUAUAGAAGUAGUAGGUUGAACAUAAAAAAUUAGGAAACAGUUGUAACAAGAUACAUUGUCAUUGAUAUGUACAUGACAUACAUGCGAUUAGAUAUACACAUAGUUAGAUUGGGGUUUUUGAUUCACAGUUCUCAGUUUUGAGUCAUCCGUCAUUUGAAGACUCAAUAUAGUUUCUGCAGAUGGUCGUGCAGAGUCUCUGCAGAUGGUCGUGCAAUAUAGUUUCUGCAGAUGGUCGCGCAGAGUCUCUGCACGACCAUCGUGCGAGGUAUGAGUAUCCUUGUCAACAGUUUAAAAAUAAGGAUACUGUAGGAGUUCAGUUGAGAUAGAAAUUAUAAGAAAUUCUAGUUCCAGACUUCCUUGUGCUGUAGCUUAUUAGCUGGUUGAGGCUGAAAUAUCAAA